AUGGCAGCCGGGCAGUAUAACGACAAUUCGGUGGAUAAUCAGUCCUACCUGGUGGCUCCAGAUUUGAACGCCGGCAUGUAUGAUGGAACUUCCAGCGACUCUUCUGCGAGUUCGCCAUUAAAUUGUAACAGUUUCGAUAACCUUUAUGGCUCAAAUGGCUUCAUGGCCUAUCCCGCGUUUCCAAUGCAGUAUCCAAUGGCCGGGGAGGGCAUGGCACCCAUGGGGCUCAUCCCAGUUGAGUUGGACAUCGAGGGUCUCUAUGAGGAUCAUGAUCGUAGACGGAGGAAAAAUGGAACUGAGAAGACCGUCUCCUCGCACGUUCAUUCGCGACGUCGUGCUCAGAAUCGCGCAUCACAACGGGCGUUCAGGGAUAGAAAGGAGAAGCACAUGAGAGAACUGGAGCAAAGGCUUGGAGAACUCGAGGGCCGUCACAGCGACCUUUCGAGGUCUUAUGAAUCGCUACAAGUCGAAUAUACUAGCGUCAAGCAGGAGCUAGACAAGCUCCGCAAGGACAGGGAAGGAUCAACAAGGAAUUACCAAUCGAGAGAAUGGGAGGAGACCAAGGGCGAGAUCCUAGACCCCCUCCUGUUUGAUGUCUCUGCGUUUUGCUUUGAUCAGGAUGAUGGGCAAGACAGAAAGGAGUGA